CCAACUAAUUUCCUUCCCAGCUGCUCUUAGCUCCGCUCCGACUCCACAAGACCCUGCGACUCCCCGUCCAGCCCACUGCCAUACCACGAUUCAUACGUCCCGAGUCGCGACCCUCUGCGCGACUACUUCAAAGCUCCGGGGCCUUUUCCGUUUCACAGGGGAUCUCUUCCGCUGCAGCGCAGCUUUGACAGACCACUUCCGGAUCAGCCGUCCGUCCUUUCUACCAUGCAACUGUUUAACAAGAACAACCCUCCUCCCAGACCACGACAAACUUCCAUUGACGCACAACUCGAGGACUCAAGCCUAGACCUUUCCUUGUCCAAUCAGGAUCUACCAUCCCCGCCAGAGCGCCUCGCGAAGGACCUUAACGUCAGGAGGAACUCACUGUUUACCCUUCGCUCCCGGAGCAAUACCGGCGGCUCAGGAUCUUCCACCAAGAUGUCUUCCAAUGACGAGACAAGCCAGUUUGCGCGCCGGGGUUCCAAGGACAUCUCGUCGGCCCAGUCCGAGUCUCUUACGUCAAAGCAAAAGGCCUUGUUCCAACGCAGCAAGAUAUUGAGACGUCAGAGCAGCAAACUCACCGCCACCGCCGGUAUUGAGGAGAUUGACGAGGCCAACAGUGGAAGAAGAGGUUCUAUUUUCAGCAGGGAACGCAAGAAAAGCAACUUCGAGACUCCUGAGCAAUUUGCCCUCAGGAGGCGCCACAUCUCAGGCCCUUUUGAUUUCCAGCACCUGACACACACUGCGCCUCAGCAGCUUCCCACGGACGACCACAUCAGCCACAAUGAACUCGUUGCUGAGUUCUGGGCGCACAGGGCGUCCCAGGUCCCCAAUCGGGAGUUGCGCGGCAUCAAGGCUGAGGAUUUGAACUCUUCUGAGCCCAAGGCUGAAAGUGAAUCGCCUGCCAGUACUCCCCCUGUCGCCGGACCUCAGUCUUCAACCGACUCCAUCCCCGAAUCCCCUUCACCUAAGUCGAGUGCCCGCCCUGCACGACCUAUUGGAAGCUUUUCUCAACCGAUCCCGCCCAGUUCCCCUAGGUCCCAGAACACCAACACCGUACCCCCCAGGAUGUCUUCGCGCCUCGCCAUGUCACGGGGUGAGGACACACCUAUUGCACAGGCAUAUGCCGCCGCUGGCCGUAGAGGCUCCGGCCUGUGGGGAUUGGACGCACAGCAGGGUUACACUCGUGCCACCGAGUCUUCCGAGGAUGUAGCCCAGAUCCACGCCGUCACCACGCCGGACGAAACUGCCAUUCCCGCCGUGUCUCCCGCGUGGGCCGGUACUGACUUGGAGCACAUCGCAGAGGAGGAGGAAGGUUACUUUGGACGCCGGUCCUAUGACAGGAACGUCAACAAUUACUCGCCUUCGUCCGAUAUGUCGCCCACCCAGAAGCCCGCGCAAACCAACGAGAGUCUGCCCAUGCGCUCCCUCGACCCAUCCAGCGUCCACGAGCAGUUGAAGUCCUUCGCAAACUCUCGCUCGAACAAGCCUCGUCCCCUAUCGCAGAUGUCCGAGACACUUGGCGCACCUUUCGAGCCCAACAAGGUCGUCCCUACUCCCCUAGAGUCUGCUACGCUUGGACCCUCCGUUGGAGGAGCCUCUGCAGCACGUUCCUUGAGCCGGACGCAGGCCGUCAGGAGACGCUCGACGUUUUUCAAGUCUUUCGACACCAAUUCCUGGGAAGACGAUAUCGACUACUGCUAUGAGAUGGCUGCGGAGGCUGAUUGCGACUUCGACUGGGAUCGUAAGUCUGCUGAAGGAACCGUGGAGCGUCGCAGCCCUAUGGUUGCCAACUUCCCUACGGUUAUGGAGGAGCAAGAGGAGGAUCUGUUCAGCCCCACGGAGAGAGGUCUUGAGGUCGAGGAGACUCGGAAGCUCAAGAAGCCCUCGUUCCCUCCGGGUUCAUUCCAAUCUUCGCUCAUGGCUCCAAGCACCACCUCGGUCCCAGACCUUGACUACAGGUCUGGCGUUUCCACUUCGACCAACAGCCUGAACACGCCGAUUGAUAAUUACUCAGCCAUCCCCAAUAAGAAGCUCACUUCCGGUUACACGCCUUCCGCCGAACCUGAAGGAUUUGUCUACACCCCUUCUUUACUUGUUCCCCAGGACUUCAAGGAACAGGUGUCGAAGGAGACCAUGUAUGAUGAUCUUCUGAACGACUACGGGGAGACGGAUCGUCACUACCCAUUGCUUCACUCCCGCUCGGAAAACACGCUGAGCAUUGCUGAGUCGACGUUCAGUGGUCCCUCCAGGAACAGCAUGGGUAGCUCCUAUAACAGCAGCCUUCGUUCUGCCUCGAUCUCCUUGACCUCCCCGAACCGUCAGUCUUUGAGAUGCUCGACUGGCUCGGUGCCCGAGCUCGUCCACAGCCGCAAGGCCCGCCGCACUAUGGACAUGAUGGUCGACCAGUUGUCGCACCAGGUGGCCGAAAUUUCUCACCUUGGAGAUGAGCAGGAUGAUGCCAACCCGACGACCGAGCAGCAGACCUUCUUUGCCGACGAGGAGACGGACGCCGAGGACGAGCCUUGCCCGCCCCCGACCGUGAGCCAGCGGAAGUCGGCCAAGCCUCCGGCGUCGCCUCAGCAUGAGCGUGCCUCCUCGGACGGCGCCCACAAGAUGCUCAACUCUGCGCAGGCUAUGGCUAAGGCGCAACACCAGCGCACGUCGAGCAUGGUGCCUGGGACUGGACGUAGGCCUAGCAAGCCUUACACCCUCUCUCUCUUCCCUACGCCGCCGAAGGUCUAG